GAAGAAAGAUGUAUCAGCAUUAUGGAAAAAGCAGAAAAAUUCAUUAACAAAGUGAAGAUAUUAAAAGAAAGUAAAGUCAAAGUACAAAUACCUACUAAUAUUAAAGAACCCUUGGACACCAUGUAUAAUUCUUGGAAGAAAAAAGUCAAAAAGUUUAUAGAUAAAUUUGAACCAAGUAAAAGGA